GAAAGAUUCGGAAGAAAAGAAAAACCCCAACCCUACUUUUUUUUUUUUUUUUUGAUAAGCAACCCCAACCCUACUUAAGUCUCAAUUUGUUUGAAAUUGGAAGAUCCAAUUUGUAUCGCGUUCGGUUUAUCAAAUUUAUUUGGUUUCAAAGACUAUGGACCCAUCUACAGAGCAGCAGAUGAGUAAUCUACAAAUCACAGACACAGUCAAUGAAAGAUUUCCUGCUAUACCUGUGGUGCCAUAUGACCGGAUGUUCCCUUUCUUGUUUCCCCAUAUUGACCAAGACAAAGCCGAUGAAAUUCAAGCUUUGUUCGACAAAUAUAAGAGAGAUGAAAUACCCAAUGAUUUGUUUAGGCUUUUGCAAGAGAUUGUGGGCGAUUAUCAACUAGUUUUAUCUGCAGCAAUACAAAUGCAAAAGAAAAGAAUUCUACCGGUCACAGUCAUUGAACAGUCUAGAACCCAACUCAAUUUUACGAUGCCUGUGGUGUCAUAUGACCAGAUGUUCCCUUUCUUGUUUCCCAAAAUUCACAAAGACAAAGCCGAUGAAAUUCAAGCUUUAUUCAACAAAUAUAAGAGAGGUGAAAUACCCGAGUCUGAUUUUGUAUCGCUUAUGAAAGGCAUUGCGGGAGAGGAGAAGCUUAGAUCAGCAGAAGCAAAACUGAAACAAAAGAAAAGAUAUCUACUAGUCACAGACAAUGAACAGCCUAGAACCCGAAUCAAUUUUACGAUGCCUGUGGUGCCAUAUGAUCAGUUGUUCCCUUUCUUGUUUCACGAAAUUGACCAAGACAAAGCCGGUGAACUUAACGAUUUAUUUGAAAAAUAUAAGAGAGAUGAAAUACCCAGAAAUACUUUUUACUCGCUUAUGAAAGACAUUGUGGGGGAGGAGCUGCUUUUAUCAGCAUCAGAAAAACUGCAACAGGUCAAUGAACUUUUUAGAACGCAAAUCAGUUUUAGGUUACCUGUGGUGCCAUUUGACCAGAUGUUCCCUUUCUUGUUUCCCGAAAUUCACAAAGACAAAGCCAAUGAAAUUCAAGCUUUAUUCGAAAAAUAUAAGAGAGGUGAAAUACCCAAGUAUGAUUUUGUAUCGUUUAUGAAAGGCAUUGUGGGGGAGGAGAAGCUUAGAUCAGUAGAAGCAAAACUGAAACAACAGAAAACAAAUCUGCUGGUCCCAGUCAACGAACAGCCUAGAGUCCAAAUCGAUUCCAGUGAACGGGUGUUGCCAUUUGACCAGCUGUUUCCUUUCUUGAUUUCCCAUAUUGACCCGGACAAAGCCAUUGGACUUCAAACUUUAUUUGACAAAUAUAAGAGAGGUGAAAUAAGCGAGCACACUUUUGUUCCUUUAAUGAAAGGCAUUUUGGGGGACCAGAUGCUUAGAUCAGCAACAGCAAAAGUGAAACAACCGAAAAGAAAUCUGCUGGUCCCAGUCAACAAACAGCCUAGAACCGAAAUCAAUUCCAGUGAACUGGUGUUGCCAUUUUACCAGCUGUUCCCUUUCUUGAUUUCCUAUAUUGACCCAGACAAAGCCAUUGAACUUGAAGGUUUUUUUGACAAAUAUAAGACAGGUGAAAUAGCUGAGCAUACUUUUGAAUCGCUUAUGAAAGGCAUUUUGGGGGAGCAGAUGCUUAUAUUAGCAACAGCAAAACUGAAACAACAGUUGGUUGAAAAGACUAUGGACCCAUCUACAGUGCAACAGAUGAGUGAUCUACAAAUCACAGACACAGUCAAUGAACAGCCUAGAACCCAAAUCAAUUUUCCUAGUAUACCUGUGGUGCCAUAUGACCGGAUGUUCCCUUUCUUGAUUCCCCAUAUUCACCCAGACAAAGCAAAUGAACUUCACACUUUGUUCGACAAAUAUAAGAGAGAUGAAAUACCCAAGGCUACUUUUUUCCUGCUUAUGAUAGACAUUGUGGGCGUGCAGCUGGUUUCAUCAGCAUUGGCACAAAUGCAAGAACAACAGAAAAGCAAUCUACAAGUCACAGUCAAUGAACAACCUGGAACCCAAAUCAAUUCUGGUAAACCGGUGGCGACAUUUUACGAUAUGUACCGUAUCUUGGCUCCCCAAAUUGGCCUAGACGAAAGCAUUGACCUUUACUUUUUAGGUGAUAAAUACCAGAGAGGUGAGAUACCGGCGUCAAGUUUUCUACCGCUUAUGCAAGGCAUUGUGGGGGAGCCGGUUUUUAGAUCAGCAGCACAUACACUGCUAAACAGAUAAGAAACAAACAAAUUCUUCGGGCACAACUCUCUAGAAGUAUUAAUGCUGCUACAGACCGUUCUGAGUUUGGACAGGGUGUGUAGGUUAAUUUAUUCCACAUUGCUGGACCCUGAUGAAGUGUUGUUUGUAUGUGUGUGAUAUUAAUAUAGCAAGUUGUGAGUUGGUUAAAUGUUGAUGGAACCUUGUUCUCUGCUCCUAUUUAUUAUGUGAAAAUGUGGUUUAGUCAUGCAAUUUAUUAGGAUGGAUUUCAAAGCUCAUGAAUCUGAUGAAAAUGUGGUUUAGUCAUGCAAUUUAUUAGGAUGGAUUUCAAA